AGUGCCACUUGUAUUUAUUAGAAAACAGGGGAGCCGGACAGACACAAGCAGCGGAAAGAUUAAUAUCACUAUUAGCGCCAUUAUGACAUUUAGCGCCAUUAGGAACUGGCCAUUAAUACACAGCUCGCAGGCUCACUUCACAUUCGGACUUCCCUUCAUUGUACUGAUCACAUCGGCAGCCGAUGGCCCCACACACGCAGCGAUGCGAAACAUCGGUCGGACGAUUUAGUUUUGGCCCUUCAUUCCAGGAAAACACGUACCAAACUUUUAUCGGCCGACUACCCCACACACAGCCCGAUUUCCGUAGAAAUGACCGAUCAUCUGGCAAAGCUGGUGAUUCCUGGCAGGUUUUUCCGAUAAAAGGGGGGAAUGGCCCCACAGCCCCCCCGCACCUCCCCCAACCCAUUCUGUGCGUAAAAGAACAGAAGCAGUCCCUGUUUCCAUGGCAACCAGCAGCACGUCACGCACCACGCCCCGUAUCUUCCAUCCCUGGCACCGCGGCCUGACCCACCGCCCGCACCGGGACACAGACCGGCAGCCUGAGGGAUGCCUCCCCCCGGCCUCUCCGCGACACAUGGAGCCGCGCCUGUUACAACUCGCACUGCUCACCAACAUGACGGCUCUGGGCAGCCCUGGGGCCGGAGGGACCGCAGCCGCAUCUCCAGGAGGAGGGAGACAUGGCAACGAGCUCACAGCCACUUCCUCCCCAUCGCCCGGCGGCAACCGCAGCACCCCGGAGCCCGGGCCGGCACAGGAGGCCGAGGGGAGCCCGCUGUUACACGGGGUAUCGGUGGCUUGCCAGGCCCUUCUGCUCCUCGCCAUCUUCCUGCUCUCUUGCCUGGGCAACUGCGCUGUCAUCCUGGUGAUCGCUAAACACCGCCAGCUGCGCACCGUCACUAACGCCUUCAUCCUGUCCCUGUCUGUGUCCGACCUGCUGGCUGCCCUUCUCUGCCUGCCCUUCUCCUUCCUGCUGCUCCUCAGGGGCGGGGCCUGGCCCUUUGGGGACCGCCUGUGCUUGGCCAGUGGUUUCCUCAACUGCUGCUUUGGAAUUGUGUCCAGCCUCACCAUGACCCUUAUCUCCAUGGACCGCUAUUAUGCCAUUGUGAGACAGCCCCAAGGCAAGAUAGGCAGGGCCCGGGCCCUUCAGCUGCUGCUGGCUGCCUGGCUCCUAGCCCUGGCCUUCUCUUUGCCCUGGUUCCUGCUGGCCCGGGAGCAAUGGCAGGUACAGAGGAAGGGCCACUAUCACUGCCUGUAUGUGUUCCACUCAGCAGGCUCCAGGCUUGGGGCGGCCUACUCCAUCUCACUCAUUGUGCUCUGCUACCUCUUGCCCUUUGCCCUCAUGUGUUUCUGCCAUUACAAUAUUUGCAAGGCCGUGAGGUUGUCGGAAAUCCGCGUCCGGCCUGUGACCACCUACGCGCACUUGCUUCGCUUUUACAGCGAGAUGAGGACGGCAACCACUGUGCUGAUCAUGAUUGUCUUUAUUAUCUGCUGCUGGGGGCCAUACUGUAUCAUGGGGCUGGUGGCUGCGGCCGGGGACUAUCCAUUCACCCCUUUAAUGGACACUGUGGCUAUCUGGAUGGCAUGGGCAAAUGGGGCCAUCAAUCCGCUCAUCUACGCCAUUCGCAACCCUAAUAUCUCAAUGCUUUUAGGCCGCAACCGCGAGGAGGGCUACAGGACUAGGAACAUUGCUGCCUACCUGUGCACACAGGGUCAAAACAGAGAUCCUAUCCAUGACCGUUAUGGGAACAGACAUGGGCAGGGCAGCAGGGUAUCCUCUUGUAGCCCAGCCAAUGGUGGCGACGUGGCCAUGUGGGCCUGUAAAAACCCGACUGUGCUCUUUUGCAGAGAUGGCCAGCCAGACACUGUGACUGAUAAUAGUGUGGGGAUUAAGCCAGAGACAGUGGACACAAGCCUGUGAUAUCCAGUUGCACAGUUACAUGCACUAGCCAAGAGCGGCCAACUAGAAGAGCUCUGGUCAAGCAAGAUGUGACCAACAGCCAUGUUAGGCCCUCAGUGACUGCAAUGGCACAUGGUUUAGCUGUUUGGCCUACAGGGUUUGCUCUGUUGUGUAAAAGAAUCCUCACUGCCAAAUACCUGCUGUCAGAAUGUGCCGCCCCUGGGACUGACAGCAACCCCACUGCCAUUUGCCAAUCCCAAUACUCUGUACAAGAGAAGGGCUUUCAGUUGCCACAGUAGGGCUAAUGCCCUUCUUUCAUUCAUGUGCGUACAAGUUCCAAUUUGGGUUUUCUAAGGAAACUGCAACAUGUACACGUUAUAUAUGCUCAAUACUGAUAGAUGUGCCUAUGGAUAUUGGGUUUUCUAGCAGUCCUUUAGGUGACCUCUGCUAUUUUUCCUAGGCUAAAAACACCUUUCAUGUUAGUUGGGCCCCCCCCCCCCAACUAACAUGAAAAGGCCAAUUGAUCAUACUAAAUCUAGAUUUUGGAAAUUCAUGCACCAUGGUAAAAUAAAAUCCCUUACUCUAACGCUCAGACAAUAUGGGUUGUAGGCUGGCCAAACACAGGCUGAUUUAGCAACUUAUUGGCCUGUGUAUGUACCUUUCCAAUGGCCUGUCUUAUUGAUAUCAGUCAUGUAAGUGGGUAAGGGUCGUAUUGGUGUGUUCAUGUUAUGGGACCAACAGAAUUCAGUCAAAUUUAGUAACCAUAGCCAAAUGAGCAGAUUGUAUUACGUAAGGCCAGCUUUAGGGCUAAUACAGCGCCAUUUUUCCCAUUGGCCCAUUCAUUGGCUGGUUUCUGCGUCCCACUGCACGAAUCCACUGACCCGCAGCACUAAACAACUGGCUGCCGGCAAGUGCAACAAGCAGUGCUCAAUGUGAGCUCAGUAGUGUGGGUACGGGCGCUACAGGAUAGAAUGGGCUCCGGUAACUUGAGUUCUGUUAAGUAAAACGUGUAAAUAGACCCCCGCAUGGGACAGUACGAAGAAAUGACAUAUGUAAGAGCCUUCAGCCAAGAGCUGCUAUGGGCUGUAUGAGAAGCGCUGGGAAUUGCAAACCAAAGCUUUGUUAUUAUGAAAGUUCUCAACAUGCCCUUUUUAUCCAAUUUUAAUAUAUUUUUGGGAAACAGUAUCAUAUAUUGUACAUAUCUGGGCUUUACCUGGCACUGCAUUUGGUGCUUUGCUUUGGGGCGUCCCCUUCUCGUCUGUACAGGUGUUUUCAUCUAAUGGUUUUGUUUUUUUAUUUAAUAUGCUCAUAAAAAAACCCAGAUACUGAUGCCAUUGUUUUACUGCAAAAUUACAUUUCUUGUGGGCUCUCCAGUACAAAUAAGGGGCAGUAUUAGGGCUCGUACUCACAAGCGUUUGUUUCUGCGUUUCCCUGCGGAUGUAAGGCGAAUGUAAGUGCUGAACGCAGGUGGAGCACAGUAUGUUGCAUUCCACCUGCGUUUGGUGCUUAAAUGUGUCUGUGUGAGUACGGGCACAUACGGGAAUAUGGAAUGCAUUUGUUUCUGCGCUCUGCUGCGGUGGAGCGCAGGAAGGAACACUCAUGAGUAUGAGCCUUUAAGCUGGCCAUACAUGGGCAGAUUUAAGUAGAUUUCAGCCCCUUUAGACCAAGUUUACAGCUUAUCUUCCCAUGUACGUGGUUCACCCUCAAUGGAUUACUGAUGGGCAGUUUUAAAAAUUGAAAUAAGAGCUGCAUGGAAUAGAGUUUUCUCCUCAGUCUGCAUUGGCUUCUGUUAUGAUUCAUUCUUUUGGCCCUUGGGCCAGCUGAUUGGAUGAGUGUGAUAUCGGCAGGCACAAGGUGGCCACAUAAGUCAAAGAUCUACUUGUUUGGCAAAGUUGCCAAUAUUAAGGUGUCCAAGAUAUUUGAUAUAUAUAGCCCAUGUGAUUCAACUGCACGUGUGUGUCACUUGUACAUUGAAAAAAUCAUUGGAAGAGUUUAGUGACCAAAAUGGAUAAUUCUGCAGACCUUCCAGAUAUUAAGUGAUGGGAUAGAAAUAGAUCUGUCCAAGCUCCUUGUUUAGUCAGAUACUUGAAUAUCUGGAGAGCUCCCACUUAGAUAUAGAAUGUGUAAGUGCAAUUGCUUUGGCCCAGGAGAAUCAGCUGGAAUGAUUCAGUUAUACAUUGGUUAUAACAUUGCUCUCCUCGCACAGGCAGAAAUGCAGGCGGAGAGAAGUGUGCCCUCACCCUGAGCACUGCUGCAAUAAGCAACUGUUAGUAAAUCCUUAGUUUUAUUUUCUCUUGCAAAAGUGCCAUAUUAUUCCGGUUGCAGGAACAUUAAAAUGUCUGUUAUCACUUGUGGGAAUGUUCCUGCAGUUCAGAUGCAGUGAAAUCCCAUCAGACUAGAGGUGGUGAGUCCUGCUGAAAAAGGCAGAAUCUUGGCCAAAUCCCCAAGCAAAUCCUGGAUUCAGUGCAUCCCUAAUUUUCAAACCUACACAAUCAUUGAUUUGACAGGAUCUAUAGUACAUAAAUAUUGGCUGGGAUGGUCUGAUCACUAUACAUAUACAUAAUGUUGUAUUAUCAGUACAGGUAUAGCCAGCUGAAAGUGUGGCAGUGUCAGACAAUCAUUGGUGACAUAGAAUUCUACUGACUGCCACCGCAGACUGCCCUCUAAUAGUGCCAGUUUGUAAAGCCACAUUACAUUUGUGAUAAACUGGUAUUUGGCCAAGGCAGAGGCAACCUCCUGUAUAAUGGCAGCCAUUUUUGGGAACUUGUCCCAAAAGGUAAGGAGCACUUGGGCCCCUAAAAACACUGUGAAUGCAUAUUAAUGGGUGAAGGGUUCUAUUUAAGUUGUUUAGUUUUUAGUGUGUAAUGUAUGUGAUAUAAAAUAGCAAGGUAAGGUGCCAAUAUAAAAGUGCCAUAGAGCCAUGUGCCACUGACUGGAUACAUAAUGGGAAGGGAUUCUACAUCACCAGGGGGUGCGUAUUGGAUACCGUUGCAGCAUGCAGCAGCUAUUGCCAGGGAAAACUUCCUCUGAGUUGGUUUCUUAUUCAGCCAAGCUGAGUCCCUUCCAGCUGGGACGUUAAACCUGUCCUCCUCCUGAUGUUGUUUGACUGUAAUGCACUGCAUCCUAAGGCACUUGUGGUUACUCAGCCGCUGGAGAGAUAAAUGCCCUCACUAUACAGAUCUGCAGUCUGUCUGGCAUGGCUUCAGUGUUCUAUGGAUAUUUAUUUUCUUCUAUUUGAUGUGUGCCAGUUGUACUUCUGUCUCUUUGUACUCUGCAUUCUGUGAAUCUGUAUAUACUGACUGUGUUACUAACAAGCAAAAUAGAACUUAUUGAUGACUUGGGUUUAUCAUUUAUGUGUGUUUUUCCAUUCAUUUACUGUUAUAUGUGCCCAGAGCAUUUUUGCUAUUUAAUGGGGUGCUGCCAUGUUGCUUUUGCACUGUUGUUACUAAUAUUCCCCCAUGCCCCCUAUUACCCGUCUAGAGAGAGAUUAAUAAAGGUAAGAGGGGAACUAAAGGCUUCUAUAAGUGAAACCACUCGCAGGGGCACAGCACUGGCGCAGGGGGAAUCCUCACUUUUGCGGAGAUAAAUGUGCCAUCAAUGCUACUUGUAUAUAGGAUCUAUUUGUCCUUAAAGUAAUUGUCCCAGAAUGAUUGUACAGAUAAAUACUGAGGAUUAUUGCAAAGCACAAGUUCUUUUACAUCUGAAAUUCUAAUGUUAAUUUGAAUAUUUCUGACUGAUAAUCUCAAAGCCUUAGAGCUGCCCUCAGUUUCUUGCCUUCAAAAUGCCAGUAUUUUCUUCUGUAUGAAACAAAAGAAAAGUUUUAUGAAGUUUAUAAAGUUUGUCAAAAGUGGAUGUGUAUUAUAUAUGUAAAUAAUGCAAAUACAAUAUCUUAUGCAGCAUUCA